GCAUCACGACCCGCCCGCGUUCACUUGACAGCCGGCGGUGGCGUUGCUGGAGCGUUCCGCGCGUGUACCUGAACUGUUUCUCCAGCAGGUCCAGCUUCAGCUGGAGGUCUCGCUCCUCGGGUUGGGUCGGGUUCCAACCCGCCCGCGGCUCUCGCUGCAGCGUGGGGUGUUUGUGGUGUGCAAGGUCCAUGGGUCUGUGCGGCGCUCGCUGCUAUGGCGCUGGCUUUGUAACGUAAGACGCCAUUGUCCAUCACAAGAUCACGUUUCAGGGAGGUUGAGUAAUAAUGCACAGUAUGAAGACUUUUGCGUUGAUGCACAUUUGAAAAAUGGAGCGUUGUACCGUCAGUCUUACCUGCUGCCGGUGGCAGCAAAAGUGGGAAAAUCAGCAGUGAUUCUACAAGAAAAGGAUAACCUUAGGUUGGGGGGAAGUCCAAACAUUGGGAGAGGAACAUAUACUUGAAGUAUUUGGAAAUUUUAUUUUCAUUUUUUUCAAAAAGCAACAGAAAUGGGAAAAACAACAGACAUUUUACAAGAAUAAAAUCCAAACAUGAAGGAAAAAGACACAGUAUAACAAGAAAAAGUUGUCAUUUUAAAAGAUUUUCAAUUCUAAACGUGUAUUAUGAGGAAGAGUAAUGUCAUUUUAGUAGCAGAAAUCUGAAAUAUUAAAGUUGUUUUAAAAGAUGGAACAUGAGAAACAAAAAAAAAUGAAGAUGUAAUUGAUGAAAGUUAGAUUGGUGUAAAAAGUUAUAUUAUGAGAAUAAAGUCAAAAUAUGAUGGGAGUAAAAGUAAUAAUUAUGAGAGGAAAGUAGGAAUGAAAUACUUGGAAAAUGGGAAAACAGCUGUAACUUUAUGAGAAAAAAAUUGUAUUUGAUUGAGGAAAAAACGUCACGAUUUUACCAGAAUAAAAUUCUCAUAUGAGGACAAAGAAUGUCACUAUGAAAAGAAAAAGAAAAACAACUUGUUUAAAAGAUGUAAUAUGACGAAAAGAAUCAUGUCAAUUUUGUAUAAUCUGAUUGGGGUAAAAAGAAAAACAUGACAAAGUCAAAAUAUGACAAAAUGUACGUGACAAAAGCUGAAAUGAAAUAUUUGGAAAACUGAAAAAAAAACAAAUGUAAAAAAACAGCUGUAAUCUCACGUAAAAUUCAAAAUAUUCCAAGAAAACACAUAAUUUUACAAGAAUAAACUCAUGAGGAAAAAUGUCGUUUUAGGAGCAUAAGGUUGAAAUAUUAAAGAUUUGUUUUAAAAAGUGUAAUACUUUAAAAAGUUCAAUUAUUAUGAGAAUAAAGUCAUGAUUAUGAGAAGAAAAUGUACGAGGGGAAAGUUGAAAUGAAUUUCGGAUUAAAAAAAAAGAUUAAUGGGACAAAACAGAAAAUAAAGUCGUAUUCGCAGUCAUAGGAGACUGAGGUCCUUUGGUGUGUGCAGGACUCUCUUAGGGACCUUUUAUGACUCUGUGGUGGCCUCAGCCAUCUUCUAUGCUGUGGGCUGCUGGAGAGGGGGCAGCAUGGACAGGGACAGGAGCAGGAUCAAUAGGCUGAUCAGGAGAGCCAGCUCUGUCCUGGACGGUCCUCUGGACUCCGUGGAGGAAGUGGGGGAGAGAAGGAUGUUGGCUAAGCUGACAUCCAUCAUGGACAACACCUCUCACCCCCUACAUGACACUGUGGGUUCCCUUAGCAGCUCCUUCACAGCAGACUGUUACACCCACGGUGUAAUAAGGAGAGGUUCCGCAGGUCCUUCAUUCCGACCGCUACCGACAACACCUGCACCACCUGAACCAUGUUGUAGUCACUAUGUAUUCUUUGCUUGCGUAUCUUGCUUGCUGCUGUAACAAGGGAAUUUCCCCGCUGUGGGAUAAAUAAAGUACAAAUACAAUACAAUACAAUACAAUUCAAAUGAGAAAGUCACACUUUUACAAGAACAAACGUGUAAUAUGAGGAAAAAUUAUGCCACUUGAGUUGCAUGAGGUUCAGAUGUUGGAAAAACAACUUUAAAAUGCGUAACAUGAGAAACAAAAAGAAUAAAGUCAUUUUUGGAAAAUUACAUUGGGGUAAAAAAUGUUACAAGAAUAAAGUGAAAAUAUGACAAAUCAUUACAAGAAGAAAAGAAGAAAAAGAGUAAAGUUUAAAUUAAAUAGUUGGAAAAUUAAAAAAAAACUUGGAGAAAAGGGGAAAAAUAGUCAUUUUACGAGAAUAAAGUCAAAAUAUUAAGAGAAAAAAAUCAGCAUUUUAUGAGAUUAAACUCGUAACAUUAUUGUCACAGGAACGUCACAUCCGGUAUGCACUUCCGGGUUCCGCUCUGAAUGCCGCUAAACUAGCCAGCUUGCUAACUCCUGCCUCUCCCACUCAUCAUGAAGACACCGGUGUGAUACACACAACAACUUGCGAGUCAACUUCGCUUCAUAACAACCAGACAGUAGGACUACAACGUUUGGACUCCAUGAUUUGACCCAUAAAACACCGAUUAAUCUCGCCCAGAAUCGGAUCUUGAAACAUGGACGACCCAGACAGACCUCAGCGGAAAAUGUCCACAGCGGGGGACAGCCUGUACAAAGUCCUGGGCCUGCAGAAGGGAGCAUCAGCAGAGGAGAUAAAAAAGGCCUACAGGAAGCUGGCAUUGAGACACCACCCCGACAAGAACCCCGACAACCCCGGGGCGGCUGAGAUGUUCAAAGAGAUCAACAACGCCAACUCCAUCCUCAGCGACGAGAACAAGCGCGUCAUCUACGACGAGUACGGCUCCAUGGGCCUUUACGUGGCCGAGCAGUUUGGGGACGAGAGCGUCAAAUACUACUUCCUUAUGUCCAAGUGCUGGUUCAAGGCCCUUCUGGUGUGCUGUGGGAUUUUCACCUGCUGCUGCUGCUUCUGCUGCUGCUGCUUCUGCUGUGGGAAGUGCAAGCCCUCCGAGGAAGAGGACAACGGAUUCUACGUGGACCCCGAGGACCUGGAAGCAGAAAUCAGAGAGCAGGAGGAUGCACCAGACGCUGUCAUUGUUAUUCAGCCGAGCCCCUCUGCCAAGGCUGACACCUCGGGCCGAGCUGCUGAUGCCGCCUCAGGUGAGGACACUGCCGUCGUCAUUCAGCCCCACGCCAGCAACGGAGCCGUACUCCUGUCGGUGGAGGAGUGAAGGGGUCAGGCUCUCCGUGGUCCUGGUCUUGGCUGGAAGUUUGGAUGGAUAUGUUUUUUUUUGUUCCUUUUUCGUUUACAUCAGCAGGUUAUUUUUGCUUUUUUAGGUGCCACGGGGUUGUUUUUCCCGCAUCCAGUUAGAUAUUUAUCUUUUUAAAACUAUUUUGGAGGGGAGCAUCUGGACAGUGGUCACAUGACCAAAGCCUCGUGUCAGAGUGCCAAUGAUGCAGCGGUGGCCAAAUAUAAACAUGAUUGUUUUUUUAACUGCUGACUGGGGCCAAUCAUCUGCAAGAUGGAUUGAAAGGCACCAAGAUGGCUGCCAGAAGCCAAGAGAACUCACGUGAGGGUGCCAUGUAUUCAUUCCAAUAUGUACAUCAUCAAAUGACUGGAAACUACAUUUUCAUCUGUUAGGUCCUGGCCUGUCCAUCCAAAAUCCACUUUUUAUAUGCGUUUUCUUCCAUGUGCACCCAAGAGAAAGCCUUAGAUGAUAUCAUCCAACUUGUGAGCUUUUGUCUUUGGUGUUUAUUAUGUGUUGGACAUCAGCAAUCAGUAAUGUACAGUAUGUCACUGUUAAGGUGUUUUCUGAUUAAAUAAACUCAGGUGUCACUGAUCCCACUGCGUCCACCUG